CUAGGAGACUCUACGCAUGUAUGAUAAGGUACGUCGUUCACUGGCGACACUGAAAGAAUACAGACGGAAUCGCCGACAUGUAUAAACUCACAGUCUUCAUUUUAUCAGUAUGUGCGCUCUCAGCUGUAACAUCCAGCAGCGGCACUACAUCCUCUAAUUUGAUAAGAUGUCGGCUAUGUAAUAGAGCUAGCACACUUUCAGACUGUAACAAACUUGUCACAUGUGAUAGUACUUUGGAGUACUGUUACAUGGACGAGCUGUAUACUGAUCAGCUUACUGUAGUAUACGAAGGUGGCUGCAGGUCGAAAGACGUAUGUUCCCAGUCAGGAAGAAAGAGGAGAGCCGAUCAAGUAACUUGCUCAAGAUGUUGUGAUUUUGAAGAGGACUGUAACAAACGUCUUUGUGGCAUAAAAGAUGAUACUGUAAACUCGUCUCAAUGUUAUUCUUGCGAUCACAGAAAUUCCGAGCAAUCUGAAGUAAAGGACCCAAGGAAAUGUGUCACAUUAGACACGUGCCAGCCCAACGAGAUGUGUUAUGCCAACCAGGCCGACAUUGGCGGCAAAGCCUCCUUCUUUUACGGUUGUAUGAGCAAACUGCGAUGCGGAAUUCUUAUGCAACAUGCAUACGAAUAUUAUAAAGUCUGUGUGGCUAACGUCACUGCACCGCCCUUUGGAGACCGGCUUAACUAUUGCGGAUACACUGCCAAACGAUCAACAGAUCUAUGUCAUUCCUGCUGCGACUACGGCGGGUGUAACUACGGAACAUGUAAAGAAUUAAACGAUCGGAUGUUUAGUCUGGCAAUUCAAGGGAAGUUUGACAUGAACACACUAAAACCUACAUAAAUAUUAGAAACGAGCUGUUGCAUGUCAUCGGCAUUCUUUUCUAUAAGAAAAUAAAAAAUGACAUGUAGUACUGAAA